UCUUAAGUUACAAUUGUGUGUACGUUUGGCGGACGAAAGUGAAGUGCAGCCCUGUUGUUGCCAGAAGAGAUCAUGUUUACUGAAAGAAGAGAGUGAUCUAAUGCCACAGAUAGAGUUCAGCAUUAUUAGACGGAGGGAGAAUGCCCACCUGCACAGAAUGUGGGUCCACUAAAGUGGUGGAGGAUGACUUGUACUCGGAGAGGACACUAGUGUGCGAAGACUGCGGGUCGGUGGUCGCCGCGGAACAACUCACGACAACUAGAAGCGAGGAAGAGCAAGGCACAUCGGUUCCAUACUAUGCCAGCACAGAGGUCACAAAGAAACCCUGCAGAAAUCUCAUUAAAGGCAUCAAGAGAGUCCGCGCCCUGUGCCGAAUCUUCCGAUUUCCCGGCGACAUGGAGGCCAGAACCGUGGAGCUGUUUCAGCAGGCUUACGCCCAUCCGACUUUCCUGCCGGUCAGAAUGGACAAGAAAGAGCUCUUGGCUGGAGCCUGCAUGGUCGCCGUCGCCAGGAUGAGCAACUGGCCCGUUGCCAUGGGAACCGUCAGCUCGCUGAUGGAGGCCGACGGGACCCUGUUAGGAACGGUUUAUCAGGACCUCGUCCAGAGCCUGCAUCUUCAGGCCACCGGCGCUAGCGUCACGGACCUGCUAGAGAACUACUGUCACGGGUUGAAGCUGACGGUUGAUGUGGUGGGCGCGGAGUUCGCCGAGACGCCCCAGCGUCUGACGGAGAGGGCCACGGCGCUGGUGGAGCUGGCUGGGGACACCUGGUUGGUCACUGGUCGCCACCCACUACGUGUCAUGGUGGCUGCUGUCUACGUGGCUUGGCAGUCUCUGCGGCCGGCACCUCGUAUGAAGGUGACCCUGGCGCAGUUCUGCCAGGUGGCGAAGGUGGUGGACUCUAGCCGCACGACCACUGAGCGGCUGAAGGAGCUGAAGGCCGUCCUGUGUAAGCUGGGCGCCCAGCUGCCCUGGCUGAGGGGGGCUCGGGUGGAGCCGCGCAAGAUCGCCACCCUAGUGGAGGACAUUGUGAAGCACAGGCGCCUGCUGCUGAGCAUGGCCAUGAAAAGCCACGAGGAGUCCCUGCAGGCUAGCGUUCAUCCUGACGAGAAUGCGACAGUGACUAACGCUAACGGCACAUCGCCGCGGGGAGAGAGCGCUCUGGUGUCCACAGAGAACAUGCCAGAGGUCAGAAACAUGUCUGGACACACGGACGACACACGGGCCGCUGGAGAAAUGGCUGCAACAACAGAGACUAUUCUCACACCUGGCAGUGUGCCUGCAGUGUCCUGUUCAACCCACUCCGCAGCCCAGGUAGACCCACCUGGGCCAGGUAGAGCUCUGCCUGAAGUACACCUGGCGGGGGCUCGCCCUGAGUGCCUGAGGUCGGCAGGUGUGAAGAGGAAAGCGGGACAGAUGGGGACAGUUAUUGGAGCGGAGGGAGAGGACGUGGAGGAGGAGGAGGAGGAGGAGGAGGAGGAGAGGGAGCCCCCUGCUGGACAAACCCGUCAGUGCAGCGCCGAGCUCCCAGAGGACCACUGGGGCAAGAGACGGCUGUUCGUGCCCCCCUGCAUACUGCUGCCAUCCAAGAGGCCGAGAUUUGAGCGAGGACCCGACGUGACGGGCGACGAGGAGAUCUCCGACACUGAGAUCGAGUCCUACAUCCGCACACCUGCAGAGAUCCAAGAUGUCUUGCAGACUCAGAGGUGGUUUACACAGGAAGAGCAGAUAAAGGGACAAAAGGCAAAAGAAGAUUCCUUUCUUCUUCUUUAAUAAUAAUAUUUUGUUUAUAUAGCCACAUUUAUUUAAGUGCUGCUACAGUUUUGUGGAACCUGUGGUUUCCAUUCUCGAGAGUUUAAUUAGACUCUGGUGUCUAAAAUAUGUUUAAGUUUCACUGUUAAGUUAAGUUUCACUCUUUCACUUUAAAAUGGCAUGUACAGAUGUGAUUUAAUUUGUCAAAUAAAACAUGUUGUAACUUUUGAAUCUAA